CGCAACGGGUUUGCCACCAGAACACAGGUGUCGUGAAAACCACUGCUCAACCUAAACCAAAAUGGGAAAGGAAAAGACUCACAUCAACAUCGUCGUCAUUGGACACGUAGAUUCGGGCAAGUCUACCACUACUGGUCAUCUGAUCUACAAAUGUGGUGGGAUCGACAAAAGAACUAUCGAAAAAUUUGAGAAGGAGGCUGCUGAGAUGGGAAAGGGCUCCUUCAAGUAUGCCUGGGUCUUGGAUAAACUGAAAGCUGAACGUGAACGUGGUAUCACCAUUGAUACCUCCCUGUGGAAAUUCGAGACCAGCAAGUAUUAUGUGACCAUCAUUGAUGCCCCAGGACACAGAGACUUUAUCAAAAACAUGAUUACAGGCACAUCUCAGGCUGACUGUGCUGUCCUGAUUGUUGCUGCUGGUGUCGGUGAAUUUGAAGCCGGUAUCUCCAAGAAUGGGCAGACCCGUGAGCAUGCCCUUCUGGCUUACACCCUGGGUGUAAAACAACUAAUUGUUGGUGUUAACAAGAUGGAUUCCACUGAGCCACCCUACAGCCAGAAGAGAUACGAGGAAAUCGUUAAGGAAGUCAGCACCUACAUUAAGAAAAUUGGCUACAACCCCGACACAGUAGCAUUUGUGCCAAUUUCUGGUUGGAACGGUGACAACAUGCUGGAGCCAAGUGCUAACAUGCCUUGGUUCAAGGGAUGGAAAGUCACCCGUAAAGAUGGGAAUGCCAGUGGAACCACACUGCUUGAAGCUCUGGAUUGCAUUCUGCCACCAACUCGUCCAACUGACAAGCCCUUGCGUCUGCCUCUCCAGGACGUCUACAAAAUUGGUGGUAUUGGUACUGUCCCUGUGGGCCGAGUCGAGACUGGUGUUCUUAAACCUGGCAUGGUGGUCACCUUUGCUCCAGUCAAUGUUACAACUGAAGUAAAGUCCGUUGAAAUGCACCAUGAAGCUUUGAGUGAGGCUCUUCCUGGGGACAAUGUGGGCUUCAAUGUGAAGAACGUAUCUGUCAAAGAUGUUCGUCGUGGCAAUGUGGCUGGUGACAGCAAAAAUGACCCACCAAUGGAAGCAGCUGGCUUCACAGCUCAGGUGAUUAUCCUGAACCAUCCAGGCCAAAUCAGUGCUGGAUAUACCCCUGUGCUGGAUUGUCACACAGCUCACAUUGCUUGCAAGUUUGCUGAGCUGAAGGAGAAGAUAGAUCGUUGUUCUGGAAAAAAGCUGGAAGAUGGUCCCAAGUUCUUGAAAUCUGGUGAUGCUGCCAUUGUUGAUAUGGUUCCUGGCAAGCCUAUGUGUGUUGAGAGCUUCUCUGACUAUCCUCCUCUGGGCCAUUUUGCUGUUCGUGACAUGAGACAGACGGUUGCUGUGGGUGUCAUCAAAGCAGUGGACAAGAAAGCAGCUGGAGCUGGCAAGGUCACCAAGUCUGCCCAGAAAGCUCAGAAGGCUAAAUGAAUAUUAUCCCCAAUACCUGCCACCCCAGUCUUAAUCAGUGGUGGAAGAACGGUCUCAGAACUGUUUGUGUCAAUUGGCCAUUUAAGUUUAAUAGUAAAAGACUGGUUAAUGAUAACAAUGCAUCGUAAAACCUUCAGAAGGAAAGGAGAAUGUUUUGUGGACCAUUUGUUUUUUUUUGUGUGUGUGUGGCAGUUUUAAGUUAUUAGUUUUUAAAAUCAGUACUUUU